AUGAAAAUGAAUAACAGGAAGUAUAAUAGGAUAAAAAUGAAUAAGUAUAAUUGGAUAAUAAUGAAUAGCAAUAAUAAUAAGAUAAGAAUGAAAAAAAAUUACAAGGUAAUAAUGAUAACAAAUAACAGGAGAACAAUGAAAAAUGAAAAACAGCACAUUAAUGAAAAACUAUAACAGAAUAAUAUUGAAAAACAAUAACAGGAUAAUAAUGAAAAACAAAUACAGGUUACUAAAAUAGAUGUGGAUAACUUAGAUAAAAUUAAUUACUUUGAAAUUGCUCGUACAGUUUGGAAUAAAAUGGAAGAGUAGUCAAUUGCUCUCCAAUUUAUCACAUCUUAAGAAUUAAAUGAUCCUGCACAAUCUGAACAAAAUCUUACAAGUUAUGACUUUUAUGAUGAAUUUAUUAAUUAGUAUCAUUAUCAACAAAUAGAAAAGUAGAGAAAUCUUGGAAAAUAAAUAUAUAGAAAUCGGUUUUUACAUGACUUAUAAAAGUAUUCAAUCAAUCUUGCAAAAGUAAUGAGCACAAAAUAAAUGACAUAAAUUUAAUAUUAAUAAUAAGGAUUUCUAUAUUAGGAAGAAAAAGAAGAGGAGAAGUGGUAAAAUGAAUUUUUUAAUGAUGAUGAUCGUUAAUUUGGUUCCAAUAAAAAGGAUUUAAGGAGUGUUCACUUAUCCAAUAAAAGGUAGGAACUUUUCAUUUGUCCAUAAGUCUAUCUAAGAGUUCUUUAUAACGACUGA